GCAUUCAACAACAAGGCGACAGGAGCCGAGCAGGAGGCACAGAGGGUGGAGCUGAUGACCCUGGUCCAGCAGGUGGUGAGGGAGAACGGGGGAAGAUACUUCACCAAUAAGAUGUACCGGAGGGCUGAGGAGGAAAUUCAGCAUCAAGUCCUAGCACUCCAAGAACGGUACAGAGCAGAGUUGGAGAGAGAGAAAGCACAGAUAAGAGAGGAGUACGAAAGGCAAAUCAGACACCUGAAAAAUGAGUUGGAGCGGGAAAGGAGAAAGGGCCAAAUGGAAAGGACACUAGAGGAAACGGAGUCUGUCUAUGCCUUGAGGCAGCAGAGUGCCAGAGUGGAGGUCGAGAACCAGAGUUGGAUAAUUGAAUUAAUCUUGAAAGCCUUGGAUGUUGUUUCCUUGUUCUUCCAUCUGUUUACGGAUGACUAGACUUAAAGAAAAAUG